UGACCCCUCUUGCCCCUCCAGCUUCGUCCAGGCUAUAUCACCCAACGACCUUCCUCCAUCUCCAAAUCUUCAUCGACAAUCAAUCCAACUUCAACCCGCCUGAGUCGCUGAAUCCGAACACUUAACCAGUCAACACCACUCAUAUCCAUCAGCCACCAUGUCCAGAUCGCGAGCCCCCAUCCUUCUCGGCCUCACCGCAGCCGGCGGCGUCGGCUACUACCUGUACACAUCCGGUGGCCGGCCCAAGGUCGCCGAGAAGCAAUUCGAGAGCGACGUCCACAAGGCCACAGCAAAGGCGAAGGAAGUCCUCCCCCACCGCGGCGCCGAUGCCGAGAAGGAGGGCAAGAAGCUCGGCCAGGAGGCCGGCGCCAAGUUCGACAACGCAGUUGCCGCCGCGAACAAGGAGUACUCGAAAGCAAAGAGCGAGGCAGAGUCGUACGCCAAGGAGACCAAGGCCGACACGAUGAAGAAGAUUGAUGAAUUUGACCGCAAGGUGGAGGAAGGCACCUCCAAGGCUAAGAGCGGGAUCUCGGGCUGGUUCGGAGGGAAAUGAUUUGUUGCGUCGUUUCGGUUUCCUUAAGGUGAUGGAUGGAUGGAUAGUUAGGUUCUCUGGGUUGUGUAAUUGUGCAAUUGAAUUUCGCUUCGGCAGAAUGGACAUGGAAUUUUUGGAGUAGCAAACUCUCUGCUUUCAACUCGGGGUUGGGAUGACUUGUAACUUUGAAAUAUCACCACGUCUCAACUGUUCAGGCCAAGUCCGUAUGUAUGCUAAUGGUAUCCAUGCGUACAUCAUUCACGAAUUCGUGUUAGAGAACAUGUAGCAAACAAGGGAAUUAGGAUUCUCUUCCCAGGAUAUCACGCAAGUACAGACUACCUAAUACAUCAUCACCCCGGUAGUGCCCACCGGCCCG